CACCAUCUCAUUUCUGCCGGCAUUUCUGGUGCCUGGCAUGCCCAAAUCCCCAUCAUGUUUCGCUCACGGAUAACUCAAUUCCUGUUCCGUGGCUCGGCCUCAGCUACGACUCCCACCUCCUCGCUCCUCGCCCAGCGCAUCCCGGUCCCAUCUCCGCAGAUAACCACGCGAUCGUAUCGCUUCUCCAACUCGCGAUCUUGGACAACACAGUCUCGGUCGGCCUUCCGUUCCUUUCGCUCCCGACCCUUCUCUACUUCCGGUCGCCAGUCGUUCAAUAAUGGAGGUCAAAACUACAAACGGUUCGACAACGCGCCGCCGCUGAUUCAGUUGCUGAGUCGCGCCCAGCCGCAUCACUACAUGAUCGUCGGGGUUGCCGGAGGUUUUUUCUAUCUCUACAACAUAGAGACAGUGGAGAUGAGCGGUCGCAAACGGUUCAAUUGCAUCUCCGCCAACCGCGAGCUCAAAGUGGGUUUGAAAGAAUACCAAGAACUCAUGUCGGAGCUGCAGGGCCGCAUCCUCCCCGAUAGCCACCCUCUGAGUAUUACCGUGUCCCGUGUUUUGGAACGCUUGAUCCCGGCCGCGCCGCUGGAAAAUGCCCAAUGGAAGGUUCACGUCAUCGACGACCCUCACCAGGCGAAUGCUUUCGUGCUUCCGGGCGGCAAAGUGUUUGUCUUCACGGGUAUGCUGCCUAUCUGCCAGGACGAAGACGGACUGGCGGCCGUUCUUGGGCACGAGAUUGCCCAUGUUGUCGCCCACCAUCCGGCCGAGCGCAUGAGCAACAACGGUAUCUCGAUUUUGCUGGCUUUCGUCACCUCGUUCAUGUUUGAUAUCUCCGGUCAGCUUACGUCGUUGCUCAUGAGUCUGGCGUAUGGCUUGCCGAAUUCUCGUUCCCAGGAGUCCGAAGCAGACGAAAUUGGUUUAAUGAUCAUGUCGAAGGCUUGUUUCAACCCCGAAGCCGCUGUUCGACUUUGGGAACGCAUGCAGCAAAGAGCCCAGAACGAACCUCCUCAGUUCCUGUCCACUCAUCCUUCGAACUCCGACCGUAUGGACAAUCUUCGCACGAGUAUGUACAAAGCCGAAUCCAUCUAUGAAGAUAGUGGAUGCCAUGUGCUGGGAAGCUUCAUCCCUGAAUUCGAGCAGGCUUCCAGUAACUAUAAGUGGUAGACCGGCACCGGUGAGCUUUCCCGAGGAAAGCCUGCUCCUGUAUUAUAGAAUCUAGACCCAAUGCAUGACACACUGCUCUUGCG